AUGGCGCGAACAGCGGACCAACAAAUUCCCUUCCUCUACAGGCUCUUCUUUCUGUACAUCGAGCCCAUUGCCACGGCACUCGGGGCUCUAUACAGCUUCGACUUUCUCGGCCUGCAGACGCAAUACAUGAGCAUGACACAUCCAUUGAGCGCCGCCACCGCACUCACAGUCCGAGAGAGUAUCAUAUUAAACCAACUGGCUAAUCUGUACUUUGUCUUCGCGUUCAACGAGGCUCUUGUGCUGCGGGCUACGAACGAUGUUUCAGUCUGGAAAGUCUUCCUGCUCGGACUACUGAUAGCGGACUUUGGUCAUCUUUACAGUGUCCAUGCUAUGGGAUCUAGUAUCUACUGGCAGGCUUGGACUUGGUCGUCGAUGUACUGGGGCAAUCUUGGAUUUGUCUAUGUUGGUGCUAGUAUGAGGACUGCGUUUUUACUGGGGCUUGGCUUUGCAAAGGGGAGUGGUAAGAAAGUCAAGCGCUAG